AUGGGUAUUCCGAAAUUUUUCAAAUUUAUAUCGGAGAGAUGGCCAUUAAUUUCACAAUUAAUUGAUGAAAAUCAAAUUCCAGAAUUUGAUAAUUUGUAUCUUGAUAUGAAUUCAAUUUUACAUACAUGUACUCAUUCAAAUGAUGGAUCAAUAACAAGAUUAUCUGAUGAUCAAAUGUAUGCAGCAAUCUUUAAUUAUAUUGAACAUUUAUUUAGUAUAAUAAAACCUCAAAAAACAUUUUAUAUGGCUAUUGAUGGUGUAGCACCAAGAGCUAAAAUGAAUCAACAAAGAGCAAGAAGAUUUAGAACUGCAUAUGAAGCAGAAUUAAAUUUAAAAAAAGCUAUAGAAAAUGGAGAAGAUAUUCCUAAGGAAGAUCCAUUUGAUUCAAAUUCUAUUACUCCUGGUACUGAAUUUAUGUCAAAAUUAACUGAAAAUUUAAAAUAUUUUAUACAUAAAAAAAUAACAGAAGAUUCUCAAUGGGCAAAUAUUGAAAUUAUAUUAAGUGGUCAUGAAGUACCAGGAGAAGGUGAACAUAAAAUUAUGGAAUUUAUAAGAUCUAUACGAACUCAACCAGAUUAUGAUCCAAAUUUAAGACAUUGUAUAUAUGGAUUAGAUGCAGAUUUAAUAAUGUUAGGAUUAGUAAGUCAUGAUCCUCAUUUUGCUUUAUUAAGAGAAGAAGUUAAAUUUGGUAAUAAAUCACAAUCUUCUGGUCCAAAAGAUGUUACAGAAACUAAUUUUUUUCUUUUACAUUUAAGUUUAUUAAGAGAAUAUUUAGCAUUAGAAUUUAAAGAAAUUGAAGAUGAAUUAUCAUUUGAAUAUGAUUUUGAAAGAAUUUUGGAUGAUUUUAUAUUAAUUAUGUAUGUUAUUGGUAAUGAUUUUUUACCACAUUUACCAGAUUUACAUAUAAAUAAAGGAGCAUUUCCCCUUUUGUUAUCAACUUUUAAACAAACUUUAGUACAAUCAGAUGGUUAUAUGAAUGAAGAUGGUAAAAUAAAUUUAAAAAGAUUAAAUAUUUGGGUUCAUCAUUUAUCAGAAUUUGAAUUUGAAAAUUUUGAAGAAAAAGAAGUUGAUAUUGAAUGGUUUAAUAAAAAAUUAGAAGAUGUUUCCAUUACGGGAGAUAAAAAAAGGAAAAAAAUUGGUAAAUUAUUAAUUUUAAAAGAUCAAAAAAAAUUAGUUGGAUCUAUAAAACCUUGGCUUAUGGAAGUUUCAAGUCAACCAUUGGCAACUAUUAUUGAACAAGCUAAUAAUGAAAAUUUACCAACUUUAAAAUUAAAUAAAGAAGAUGUUGAAAAAAAUUUAGAAUUUAUAAAAGAAUUUGCUUUACAAGCUGGAUUUUUAAUAAUUCAUUCAAAAUCUGAAGAUACUUAUGUAGCUAAAUUAGAUGUUGAUGGAUUACCAUCUAUAGAAUCAAAUGAAGAUUAUGAAGAAAGAAUAAAUGAAGUCCGUAAAACAAUAAAAAAUUAUCAAUCAGCAAAUUUAAUUGAAAGUGAAGAUAUUUUAAAUGAUACAAAAGAAGUUUAUCAAAAAAAAUUUAAAAAUUGGAAAAAUGAAUAUUAUGAAGAAAAAUUAAAUUUUAGUAUUGAUGAUACUGAAAAAUUAACUGAAAUGACUGAACAUUAUAUAGAAGGUUUACAAUGGGUAUUAUAUUAUUAUUAUCGUGGUUGUCCUUCAUGGAAUUGGUAUUAUAGAUAUCAUUAUGCACCAAGAAUUUCAGAUAUUUCAGUUGGUUUAGAAGCUUUAAUAAAUAAAGGAGUAGAUUUAAAAUAUGAUCCAUCACAUCCUUUUAAACCUUUUGAACAAUUAAUGGCUGUUUUACCAGCAAGAUCAAGAAAAUUGAUGCCCAAUGUAUAUAGACCUUUAAUGAUUGAUGAAAAAUCACCAAUAAAACAAUUUUAUCCAGAUGAAGUUGAUGUUGAUUUAAAUGGUAAAACUGCAUCAUGGGAAGCAGUUGUAUUAUUAGAUUUUGUUGAUGAAAAUAAAUUAAUUGAAGCUUUAAAACCAAUAGAAUCAAAAUUAACACCAGAAGAAACUAAAAGAAAUUCAUAUGGUUAUAAUGUUAAAUUUAUACAUAAUCCACAAAUUGAUAAAGUUUUUUCAUCACCAUUACCUGGUUUUUUCCAUGAUAUUGAACAUGAUAAAUGUUAUGAAGAAAGAUAUGAAUUAAUUAAAACAGAUGAUUAUAGAAUUGGGAAAAUAGAAGGAGCUAGAACAGGAACUGAUUUAUCAGCUGGUUUUCCAACUUUAAAAUCAAUUUCAUUUACAAAUGAAUUAGCUCAAAAUGAAAUUAAAGUUUUUAAUUAUUCUUCAAAAUCAGAAUCAAUGAUUUUAAAUAUUGAAAAUAUAUGGUCUGAUUUAUCAGUUAAACAAUUUGCUCAAUCUUUUGUUGGUAGAUUGGUUUAUAGCAAUUGGCCAUUUUUAAGAGAAUGUAAAGUUGUUAAAGUAGUAGAUGAAGAAAACAAAUAUGAAACUUUUAGAAAUGAAAAGGGAUUUAAAAGUGUUAAAUCUUAUGAAGUUACUGCAGAAGACCGCAAACAAUUUAAAUCUGAAAUUUCAAAUUUAAAUUAUAUUUGGGAUAAAACUAAAGGUGUAAAAUUAGGUCCAAUUGAUGUAUUAUUAUAUGUACAACCUGUUAAUGGUCUUAUAAGAAAUGCAAAAGGUGCAUAUGUUAAAACUUUUUCAAAAGAUAUUGAAAUUCAUCCACUUCAAUUAAUUGUUAAAGAAGUUACUCAUAAAGAUCAAAGAUUUGCUACAAGACCUCCAUUACCUAUUGAAGAAGAAUUUCCAAUAAAUUCUCAAGUCACUUUCCUUGGUGAUAUGGGUUAUGGUGCUCCUGCUCAAGUUGUUGGUUAUAAUGGUGAUAAAUUAAGUAUAAAAAUUUCAAAAAUUUCUUCAGUAGCUGAACCAAAUGUUGGAAAAAGAAGAUUAUAUACUGAAUCAAAAGAAAUACAAUAUAUCCCUGCCUAUGACGUUGCUAAAACUUUAAGAAUAGAUCCAUUAUUAUUAUCCAAAAUAACAAGUCAAUUUAUGAUUCAAGGACCAGAUAAAAAAAUAAAUAUUGGUUUAGAAUUAAAAUUUGAAAGUAAAAGACAAAAAGUUUUAGGUUAUACAAGAAAAUCAUAUAAUGGGAAAUUUUGGGAAUUUUCACCAUUAGCUAUAAAUUUAAUUAAUAAUUAUAAGAAUAAAUUCCCUAAAUUAUUUAAAAAUUUAUCAACAAUUCAAGGUUCUGAAAUUCCAAAAUUAUCAACCGUUUCAGAUAAAGAAGAAAUUCAACAAGUUAAAAAAUGGUUAAAAGAAGUUAAAGAAGAAUUAAUUCUUGUAUCUUUAGAAAGUCAAUCAUUAACAAAAUUUAGUUUUGCAGCAAUAGAACAAUAUAUGGAAAAUUAUAUUUUAAAUGAAAUUCCAUAUAUAAAUAAAGAUAUUAGAGGAGUUCCAAGAAAUGCUAUAUUAAAUGCAAGUGAAUCUUAUCAAUUAUUAAGUGAACAAAAAUUUGAAUUAGGUGAUAGAGUUUUAUAUGUUCAAGAUUUUGGUAAAGUUCCAAUUUUAUCAAAGGGAACAGUUGCUUCAAUUUUUACAGUUGGUUCAAAAACUUCAUUAGGUGUUAUAUUUGAUUUACCUCAAUUAAGUGGUAAUACAAUGAAUGGUAAAUUAAAAACUAAUCGUGGUUUAAUGAUUGAUUCAUCAUUAGUUUUAAAUUUAACAAAUAAACAAUUUGUUUAUCAUUCAAAAGCUUCAAAAAUAAGAAAACCAAUGACUGAAGAAGAAAAAAUUGCUAAAAUUAAACAACAACAACAACAACGUCAACAACAAUUUCAAAGUCGUCAUCAACCUCAGUAUCAAUCUAAUAAUCAAACUCAACAUCAAUCAAAUCGUCAAACUCAAACAAAUGGGGCAUCCAAUUCGAAACCAGCUAAGAUCUUACCAAGAGUUAAUAAGAAAGAAGAAAAUAAACCUAAAAAUGCAGAACAAUCUUCAUCUGUGAAGGAUAAAGAGUCGCUGGCACAGGAAGAUUCAAAAGCCAAUGCAAGUAAUAAAUUAUUAUCUUUGUUGAAAAAAGAUUCUCGUAAGAAUUCUACAAAUGAUGAAGACAAUGUAGACGAAAAAUCCGAUGAAACAAAUUUGAAUAAUAAUGCAAUUAAACUGGUUUAUAACCAAAUUUAUUCUAAUGUUAUGAAUCCAAAUUAUCCACCACAACAACCACAACAAUCACAUCCUUAUCAAUUUCAACAACAACAACAACAAUUUCCUCCACAAUUUCAACAACAACAAUUUCCUCCACAAUUUCAAAAUCAACAAUAUAUUCAUGAAAACAUAAAUGUUGGUCAACAUAAUAAUGGCAAAAGUCAUCAAAGCAACUCAACUGAAUCUAAAAAAGAACCAAGUGUGUUUGACAGAUUCUUAUUGAAUGCUAGAAAAGCUGAAGAAAAAGUUAAAGAAGAAGUUGAAAAAGCUGGUGAAAAAGUCGAAGAGACAAUUGAUAAAAAAGAUGAUGAAUAA